GCCCACCACCGCUGACCAGAUGACGUCUUCGCAAUGGCCGCUAGCUGAGCCGCGUGGCUGCGAAUAUCCCAAACUUCAUCGAUUCGAAUAACUAAUCCUUUCCCGAAAACUCGACAACUUAACCACAAUGGGCACAAUGUUUUAAUUCCCUUUAAGUAAUUCGACCAGGGCGCCGAUAACUACCUUCAAAAUGCCCACUACUUUGGCGAAAAGAAAGAAAAAGCCAGUUCCAAGCAACGCCAAUGUAGGGACGUUUAGCGAGCCUGCAAUGGACGAUUACUUGGCGAAGAGAAACUUAUACAGAAAGCCUAUCGCCAAGGACGGUUCGUGCCUGUUUAGAGCCGUUUCUGAGCAGGUGUAUAACUGCCAAGCCAGGCACCUUGAUGUUAGAAGGGACUGCAUUCAAUUCAUGAGUAGAAAUAGAGAGCAGUUUGAAGAGUUUGUAGAGGGACCAUUUGACCAUCAUCUACAUCAGCUGCAGAAUCCCAAGGAGUGGGCAGGGCAAGUUGAGAUAACAGCCAUCGCCAUGAUGUAUAAAAAAGACUUUGUUGUAUACCAAGACAUCAAUUCUGCCCCAACUAAAGUUACAGACUACGGGUUUAAGGACAAGAUUCUGCUUUGCUACUCAAAUGGUAACCAUUAUGAUGCGGUUUAUCCUGCCAAGUACAAGAAGGAUGCAGCCUUCUGCCAAUCUUUGGUCUAUGAGCUGCUGUACAACAAUGUAUUUACUGAGCUUGACAAGCGAGAAACCAACAGCCUGAAGAGGAACACAAGCAGUGGACAAAAAACAAUUAUUGAGAUGGUCAGAAAUGGUGACAUGGUAGCAGAUAGCGAAUCACAGGACUCAACUGAAGAUGAAGGCUGGACACAGGUCAAGAGUCGCAGUAAAGCAAAAGUGGCCAGACAGGUAAAACCAGUGGAACAAGAAGAAAGAAGAGAAAGAGAGGAAGUAAAACCCAAGCCAAAUCAAGAUCAGAAGUGGGUGUGGGAACUCAAGCGGUCUCUUGAUGUGGAACUCUUUCGUAAUGUUGCCUUGGAAGUUUGGGAAGAAGACAAAAAUGAGCAGAACCAGCAAGACCUGGCCAUGGCCACCUCACUGCAGUUCAGAAAUGGAGACAAGUGUUUAGCCAAAUUGGGACCACCAAGUGCUCCUGUUGAAAAGAACUAUGCUGUUAUUGUGAAAGAGGAUUACACAGGCUCUGGAAGUAUUUUGGUUUAUGUCCAUGAACUCAAGGAAAGGUUGACUGUUCCUAUCCAAUGCCUGAAGCCUUCUGACGUAAACCAGGAUCCAUCAUACAGGGAUUUGUCGGGUUAUUACAAGAAGAAUGAAACUCCUAAUGGAUCUGCUAGUGAAGGAGAUCUCAAAGACGAUAAAAACAAGAAAAAGAGGCCUCCAAGAAAUCGCAGAGGAGUUGGUCGGGGAGAUGAGCCUGGCUCUUUCACAGAUGAUGGCCCUCGUGGCCGUGGUGGGCGUGGCUUUGGCCGUCGAGGGGGGAGAUUUGGGCGGGGCAGAGAUGACAAGCUGCAAAAAGAUGAUGAAGAAGCCAGGUUUAUUGCUGAACAGCUUCAACUUGUUGAGAUCCAAGAGAAAGAUCCCAAAGCAUUUCCAGCCCUGCCAGUACGAAGUGGAGGCACUCCAGUACCUCAGCCACCACCUCCAGCAGCCGACUCCAUCCCCACCCCGCCCCAGCCACAACCCCCUGCUACUAGUCCUGAGGUUGAAGAAGUGCCAGUCCAACUGGAACAGGCUCCCUCUGUUGAAGCAGGGCAAGAGCCAAGCCCUGCAGAGUUCUGGAGUCGCCUGAAAAAUGCCAAGACACAGUCCAAGCAGACUGACUCAUCACCUAGCACAUCUAAACCAGCUACUCCCGUCACUUCACCUACAGAGGGAAAGCAAUCACAUUCACAGCUCCCAGCUGACAAGGGCCAAGCCUCUGUGGUGGAGGAAGAUAGUGAUAACGGAAGUUUGGAGUUAUCAGACAUUGUUGAUAAGGGGCCAUUAUCUAUACAGAGUUUGAAUAGACUUAAUGAUGAACAAAAAACUGAGCAAUUCCACGACGCACCACAGAUAAAGCCCAUGGCUGUCAGUAGUUCUGUUGCUGUCAAAAACUGUAACAAACCUGAUUUUGAUAAAGGCCCAGCAGACUACACCCCAUCAACAGAUGAAGAAAAUCAUAUAUCUGAUUACCAACAAUUGUCAGAAAAACCCAAGAAUGAAUUAAAUAAGAAUGUUAUUGCAAAAGAGGGAAUGUCUGAAAAAACUGAUAUCUUGAUGAGUAAUGAACCAAAGAAGAAUGAACUUUCUAACAAUGACCAAAUAAAAUUUAAGAGAACUAAAGCAUUUGAAGAUACAACGCGAAAAGACAGUCAAAGACAAUCGCCUCUUAAAGAUGAUCUACCAAAAGAUGAAUCCCUCACUGUACAAAAGAGCUUCAGUGAUGAAAUUCCCAUCAAACGACCAAUGCCAAAAUCAGUGCUAGUGACUGAAAAUUCUGGCAAUAGUAGUCCAGAGAGAAAGACAGUUACUUUCGCUGAUGAACCCAAGGAGAUCCCAUCCAAAACCAACAACCAACCUGGAAUACUUUACGUAAAUGGUGCCAACAACCUCAGUAGGAACAGAAUCAACCCAGUACCUUCUGAACCAGCGGAUGACAUCAAAAGGGAUACCGCCUUCAAGGGAGGUUACAACAUUCCUUUGUCUUUUGCACGAGAAGAGAAUGCUUCACCCCAGAACAAUGUAUACAAGCCUUAUAAAGACUUAGAGCCAAAGUCAUUUACAGUCAGUCAUGUGGACAGUGACAUGGAUCCAUCAACCACACUAUCUCUAGAUGCGGAGACGGAAGGAGACCAGCAGGCAGACCCACAGGGUCAAGCCCAAUUCCUACAGAUGCCCUACCAUGGGGGUCUCCCACCCGCUGCCACGCCCUCCCUUGAUCCUACAGGUGCAGACCUGCCGCAGGACAUGACAGUAUUGAGGUUCUUCUAUAAUUUUGGAUACCAACAGUACAUGCAGAUGCUUCAGAUGAACCAGCCCAUGGUCUACAUGCAUCCUGCAGCGAUGCCUGACCAAAUGAUGCAGCCCGUCACGUCCAUGUACACAGGGAUCCCACAGCAACUCUACCAGCACCAGGGCCUGCAGUCGUAUCACCAGCCUUACCAAGUGCCAACUUCGUCGCAAGAAUCACCCAUCCCUACAGAUAUCCGAAACACCGAUCGCACUGCUCACACCCCUCAGCAGUCACAGCCAACUCCCCAGCCGCACCAGCACCAACAACAACAGCAGCAGCCUCACCAUCAGAUCCAUCUCACCCAACCGCACUUCCAGGCUCAGUUUCAGCCCCCAAACGGUCAGCAGACGUGGCGGGGGCCUAGGCCUCACUUUAGCUCCAACAACAAGCAGUACUACAGUAGCGGGCAGCACGGAGGCUCGCCCCAAGCUCCCAGGCCCUCGUUCCAUCAAAACACGGGAAAUCUGCGCCAGCAGCACUUUAACCAGAAGCCAAGACGAUCACAAUCCAAAGGCCACCGCAAUGAACAAUUCAUGCCCCACUAUAACUCCGCAUCCUCUAACCUACUUGUCAAUCAUUCUCAGGCAAUGGGAGCACCUCCCCAGGGGAGUUAUUACUCUGUAGCUGGUGAUCAGAGUAAGGGACAGGGCGAUGUUUACGCCCCGAGCCCUCAACCCCUCUAUGGAUAUCAACACCAGGCACCAGGCACCACAAGACCGCAGUACAACUAGGGAUCCCAUGCAAUCUGCCUCAUUAAUGACGUAACGCCACGGAGGUGACCCUACCCAAACCACUGUGUUCCUUUUUGUAAGAGAAAUUUCAACAAAAGUUUUCGAGCUAUAUAUACAUCGAAACAUGUAACCUGAACAAUCAAGUGGUUCAAUGGUUGCCUUAUGUGAGAACAUACGAACAACUGGAGAGCACCGUACAUCACAUAGGUAAACAAUGCCCUUGUGAAACUUAAUCAAAAUGCCACGCAGUUACUUUGCAAGUUUUCGCGCCUAAACCUUGUAGUUACCGGAUCAUCACACCAGAUAACCAAAUAUGGUGUGCGGUGCUUGUGACUCCUCAAUUUGUGCUAUCAGUUUUGAACAGCGCCAACAUUGCUGGCCCGGUGAAUAGACCACUUGCAUUGAGAAAUCACGUGAUUUUUGUAUAGCAAACUCGCCUUUAGAUAAGCACAGAAAUGGCUGUGGCCGUCAUGCCAGAAAACGACAAAAAAUAUAUUUUAAUAAAAGCCUUUCUCGCUGGUUUGGAAGCACAGAAUGACUUCACAUUUCGACUGAGCGAGCUUGUUUAUCAAUGCUAGGCAAUGUCGGUGCUGUUUUUACCGAGCUUUCUCCCUUCGUUUCACUUCCAUGUCACUUCCGUGCUAUUUUGUCGGCUCAAGAUUGUGUUGUGUUAGGCAAUUAUUUUUUCCUCGGUUAUUAUGGGGAUGGGGGAGGGUGAUAUCGAAGUGUAUAUGAUUUAGUUUUUCCUUUUCAUAAAACUUCGAACGAGAUACAAAAAGUUGUUUCACAAUUUUUGCUUGAUGGUGGUUUUCUAGAAAUCUGAAAAUGCGUUGGUUCUUUUUGAAAAGAAACGUUUCCUUUUUUUAGUUUUCAAGCCAACAUACAGAACAUGAAUAUGUUUCCAAAUACGGCAACAUAUAGCACAUAGAAUAUGUUUCCUAAUAAGGCAAAUAGACAUGUAUUUAUCUAUGCAGCACUGAAAGCACAUCCUUUGAAUUAGAUUGUGUUUUUUUUGUACGUUUAAUGCUGCUGUAUUACUGCAUUUUAUUGCGGUUGUGAUAGCACAGAUUUAUGCCAGAAAUCGCCUGGUUUACCAGACGUUUUGCCAGACGCUUGUAGAAGUCUGGUAAAUCAGGCAAAGCAGAACUAGACAGAUGUUAAUUCUCAUUUGGGCACUGGUGCCAUAUGUCCCAAAAAUAUGUUGAAAAAUUAUAAAGAAAUGACCUGAAGAGGCGAGGCGUUGCAACCAUCUCCCCCCCCCCCCCCAAAAAAAAAAACAUUGGGGCCUGCUACAUCUCUGAAAACAUUAUUAAGUAUUAAAUUGGUUUAACGUUUGUUUUUGUUUGUGAGAGAGUUGACACCAAACAAAUCGAGUGCAGUAUCUGUUUGAGUGCUUUUCUUGUAAAAACUUCAAAACGCGGAAUAUUCUUAAAAAUAUAAUUUUUUUGAGCUUAUUUUUUUAGGAGGCUUCUAAUUUGAAAGUAUUCCUGAAAAAUGUGUCUUAUAUAUACACGAAAAAAUCAUAGCAAGGUUGGGAAGGAAAAUAAUGGGAUAAAUGGAAUAUGGGAUGGAUAAUGGGAAAUAUUGAAUUUAUAUGAAUUUAUUAACCUUCCCUUUAAGUCAUACUACACUCCUAGUUGAUAUGUUAAGAAAAGUUAUUAUGAGAUCCUUAGAUUUGGUGACUUAUGGUUAGGAUGAUUGUCCUAUUGACCUUUUGAGAAGGGGGGAUUGUGGAGAUUCCUGUUGUGUUAGUUUAUGCCAUAAAAAUUCCAACAAUCCUUGUAUUAUGUUACUCUGAACCACUUCAGAACAUUGGUAAGUGUGUGUGAUGGAAAGCAUCUCAAGACCACGCCUGUCUGUUUGGUGAAGCUUAAAUAUUUAAUGUCUGUUGGAGUUUAGUCAAUGUAAAUAGUAGUUUGCUUGUAUUUUCGUCGUUUGUCACACUUGUAGUCUUUGGGAAAUUUUAUGUUAUUUGUCAUUACUUAUUUUAUAUAAAAACAUCAAUAACAAGAAAAAAAGGUGUUAAAUAUUAUUAACUAAAUCGCCAAGUGAUUGCAAAUUUGUUCAUGCUGUCUGUCACUGACAUUUGUCUGCUUUUUGUUUUAUUGUUUUUAAGUGCUACCUGCUUGUAACUCUAGCAACGUUAUUGGUAAAAUCCCAACCAAUAAAUUUCAUUUAAAAAACU